AUGAAAGUCCUACUGAAAAAAGAUGCCCUCAAGAAGUUAGAACGACGGCUUGAAGCCGCGAUCAGGAUGUUAACACUAGCCCAGCAAUCCUAUCUAGUAGCUCUCACGCGAGUGCAACCCGAUAUCAUCGUUCAUAAAUUUGCGGUUUUAACGGCUCAACGAAGUCAACCCAAAUCCCAACUGGUGAGAUAUGUCUCAACGGAGAAGAACGAACGGGACAGUUCAGAUUCCGCCGAGACACACACAAACCAGGCAGGCGUGAUUAGACACGACCGGUGGUCCUAUCGGGGAUUCAGAAAGCCUAGCAUUUUUGGUACAUUCCAGGUCGGCUCUUCUUCCACUUGGGGUCAAACAGUUCUGCUCCAAGCGCCGGCAUGGCUUUCGCAGCGAUCCUGGGAGUUACACGCCACUAGGGCCAAAGGCGCGUGGCAGUUAAAUUUGCGCACCUAUUCUAUUGUACCUAAAGAUAGCGAAGUCAUGCGCCUAGCUGGAAAUGGGUCUGUCGAAGAAAUGCAAAUGCUUUUUGAUGCAGGGCAAGCGUCUCCUUUCGACCAGGACGAAAGGGGACUUACACUGCUCCAUCAAGCGACCCUCAGUGAAAGUUUUGUAAUGGCUAAAUACCUAAUAAGCACCGGCCUAAGACCAGUGCAAUACCUUGACCCUGAAAAAAUAUCACCAGUAGAAUUUAUAGAGUUUAUUGCCUCCCCAUCCGCAAGACUUUCUUGGAUUGAACAGACGUUAGACGAUCCGUUUUUCGCUAAGAACCUUUUGGUUUUUCGAGUCUCAAGUUAUUUCGAUGCCGAAGAUGACGGUGCACAAAUGCCACAGCCGAGAUGUUUCUGCAAAUGGUUCAUCCAUGACUUUAAAAAUUACAAGGCGGUUCUUCCGUACCAAUGCCCGCAGCACCAGGUAACGUCUCUUGAAUCGCGGUUGAAAGCAGCCUCGAGUGCUACGAACAACGGGUUGCAGUGCAGUCUACAAGUGGUCAAAUAUCUUAUGGAGCCAGAAUGGACAACUAAGCCCCGCAGCGUAUGUUGUUACAAUACAAGUUACCCGCUAAUUUGGUCGGCGUUUCGCGGACUAUGCUCCUCUACGGGCUUGCGUUCCAAGUUUAAGAUAUAUCAGAGCAAACCCCCAGUUGCCAAUUCAAGCGAAACUUCGAGUGAUCGGGUCACGUUCCUAGCCAGUGUGAUUAGGCACACUGAUAUGGAAAUAUACGAGUAUAAGAAUAUAUACAAAGGAUCCACCCUAAUGUGCGCACUAUAUACCAUAGCAAUUGCUGUAGCUCGGCGCAUCAAACUGCCACACAUCCACCACCAAAGACCCGCUCUAAUACUAAAGUUAUGGCUCAGAGCAUUGCAGCUAGGCGGCAUACAUCUAAACAGGUAUGGGCAACGUGAGAGUGAUAUUAUAGCCGACACCUGUGCUCUCCGUCGGGUUGAAGUUGAUGAGUGGAGCGAUACAUAUAUGUGGUCUGUCUAUGUCUCUAUAUAUCUAAUCAGCUUCAAAUUCGGGCCUGAACCCGAGGACUGGAAAUUCUACUUCGACGAAUCGACCGACGAAUUCACCGGUGACUUCUGGAGGCUGAUCGAGGAUCCGCCACUGUGUAUCCCAGGGUCAUGGGUCAAUUAG